CGCGUUUUUCAGGAGCCCGGCCCUCCAGGGGCGCUCGGCAGGAGGCGAGCGCGACUUCGGUGCCGCGAGCUUCCCUCGGCGGCCGGCGCGCCGUCGGCGCUGCUUCCACCGGGGGCGCGCGGCGGGCGCGCGGCCGCGUCCUCACACGGAUCCCAGCUCCGUCACCCGCGCAGCGUCCGCAGACUGAGCGCGUCCGGGCCUGACCGCGCUGCGGUUCGGGCCCUGAGGUUUAUUCAGAAAACAUGUCCACUGCAAUUAGGGAGGUGGGAGUUUGGAGACAGACCAGAACACUCCUACUGAAGAAUUACUUAAUUAAAUGCCGAACUAAAAAGAGUAGUGUUCAGGAAAUUCUUUUUCCACUAUUUUUUUUAUUUUGGUUAAUUUUAAUUAGCAUGAUGCAUCCAAAUAAGAAAUAUGAAGAAGUGCCUGAUAUAGAACUUAAUCCUAUGGACAAAUUUAUUCUUUCUAAUCUAAUUCUUGGGUAUACUCCAGUGACUAACAUUACAAGCAGCAUCAUGCAGAAAGUGUCUACUGAUCACCUUCCUGAUGUCAUAAUUACUGAAGAAUAUUCAAAUGAAAAAGAAAUGUUAACAGCCAGUCUUUCUAAGCCCAGCAACUUUGUAGGUGUGGUUUUCAAAGACUCCAUGUCCUAUGAACUUCGUUUUUUUCCUGAUAUGAUUCCCGUAUCUUCUAUUUAUAUGGAUUCAAGAGGUGGCUGUUCAAAAUCAUGUGAGGCUACUCAGUACUGGUCCUCAGGUUUCACAGUUUUACAAGCAUCCUUAGAUGCUGCCAUUAUACAGUUGAAGACCAAUGUUUCUCUUUGGAAGGAGCUGGAGUCAACUAAAGCUGUUAUUAUGGGAGAAACUGCUGCUGUAGAAAUAGAUACCUUUCCCCGAGGAGUAAUUUUAAUAUACCUCAUUAUAGCAUUUUCACCUUUUGGAUACUUUUUGGCAAUUCAUAUCGUAGCAGAAAAAGAAAAAAAAAUAAAAGAAUUUUUAAAGAUAAUGGGACUUCAUGAUACUGCCUUUUGGCUUUCCUGGGUUCUCCUGUAUACAAGUUUAAUUUUUCUUAUGUCCCUUCUUAUGGCAGUCAUUGCAACAGCUUCUUUGUUAUUUCCUCAAAGUAGCAGCAUUGUGAUAUUUCUGCUUUUUUUCCUUUAUGGAUUAUCAUCUGUAUUUUUUGCUUUAAUGCUGACACCUCUUUUUAAAAAAUCAAAACAUGUGGGAAUAGUUGAAUUUUUUGUCACUGUGGCUUUUGGAUUUAUUGGCCUUAUGAUAAUCCUCAUAGAAAGUUUUCCUAAAUCAUUAGUAUGGCUUUUCAGUCCUUUAUGUCACUGUACUUUUGUGAUUGGUAUCGCACAGGUCAUGUAUUUAGAAGAUUUUAAUGAAGGUGCUUUAUUUUCAAAUUUGACUGCAGGCCCAUAUCCUCUAAUUAUUACAAUUAUAAUGCUCACACUUAACAGUAUAUUCUAUGUCCUCUUGGCUGUCUAUCUCGAUCAAGUUAUUCCAGGGGAAUUUGGCUUACGGAGAUCAUCUUUAUAUUUUCUGAAACCGUCAUAUUGGUCAAAGAGUAAAAGAAAUUAUAAGGAGUUAUCAGAGGGCAAUGUUAAUGGGAAUAUUAAUUUUAGUGAAAUUAUUGAGCCUGUUUCUUCGGAAUUUAUAGGAAAAGAAGCCAUAAGAAUUAGUGGUAUUCAGAAGACAUACAGAAAGAAAGGUGAAAAUGUGGAGGCUUUGAGAAAUUUGUCAUUUGACAUAUAUGAGGGUCAGAUUACUGCCUUGCUUGGCCACAGUGGAACAGGAAAGAGUACACUGAUGAAUAUUCUUUGUGGACUAUGCCCACCUUCUGAUGGGUUUGCAUCUAUAUAUGGACACAGAGUCUCAGAAAUAGAUGAAAUGUUUGAAGCAAGAAAAAUGAUUGGCAUUUGUCCACAGUUAGAUAUACACUUUGAUGUUUUGACAGUAGAAGAAAAUUUAUCAAUUUUGGCUUCAAUCAAAGGGAUACCAGCCAACAAUAUAAUACAAGAAGUGCAGAAGGUUUUACUAGAUUUAGACAUGCAGACUAUCAAAGAUAACCAAGCUAAAAAAUUAAGUGGUGGUCAAAAGAGAAAGCUGUCAUUAGGAAUUGCUGUUCUUGGGAACCCAAAGAUACUGCUGCUAGAUGAACCAACAGCUGGAAUGGACCCCUGUUCUCGACAUAUUGUUUGGAAUCUUUUAAAAUACAGAAAAGCCAAUCGGGUGACAGUGUUCAGUACUCAUUUCAUGGAUGAAGCUGACAUUCUUGCAGAUAGGAAAGCUGUGAUAUCACAAGGAAUGCUGAAAUGUGUUGGUUCUUCAAUUUUCCUCAAAAGUAAAUGGGGGAUUGGCUACCGCCUGAGCAUGUACAUAGACAAAUUUUGUGCCACAGAAUCUCUUUCUUCACUGGUUAAACAACAUAUACCUGGAGCUACUUUAUUACAACAGAAUGACCAACAACUUGUGUAUAGCUUGCCUUUCAAGGACAUGGACAAAUUUUCAGGUUUGUUUUCUGCCCUAGACAGUCAUUCAAAUUUGGGUAUCAUUUCUUAUGGUGUUUCCAUGACGACUUUGGAAGAUGUAUUUUUAAAGCUAGAAGUUGAAGCAGAAAUUGACCAAGCAGAUUAUAGUGUAUUUACUCAACAGCCACUGGAGGAAGAAAUGGAUUCAAAAUCUUUUGAUGAAAUGGAACAGAGCUUACUUAUUCUUUCUGAAACCAAGGCUUCUCUAGUGAGCACCAUGAGCCUUUGGAAACAACAGAUGUACACAAUAGCAAAGUUUCAUUUCUUUACCUUGAAACGUGAAAGUAAAUCAGUGAGAUCAGUGUUGCUUCUGCUUGUAAUUUUUUUCACAGUUCAGAUUUUUAUGUUUUUGGUGCAUCACUCUUUUAAAAAUGCUGUGGUUCCCAUAAAACUUGUUCCAGACUUGUAUUUCCUAAAACCUGGAGACAAACCUCAUAAAUACAAAACAAGUCUGCUUCUUCAAAAUUCUACUGACUCAGAUAUCAGUGAUCUUAUUAGCUUUUUCACAAGCCAGAACAUAAUGGUGACGAUGUUUAAUGACAGUGACUAUGUAUCUGUGGCUCCUCAUAGUGCGGCCUUAAAUGUGAUGAGUUCAGAAAAGGACUAUGUUUUUGCAGCUGUUUUCAACAGUACUAUGGUUUAUUCUUUACCUAUAUUAGUGAAUAUCAUUAGUAACUACUAUCUUUAUCAUUUAAAUGUGACUGAAACCAUCCAGAUCUGGAGUACCCCAUUCUUUCAAGAAAUUACCGACAUAGUUUUUAAAAUAGAGCUGUAUUUUCAAGCAGCUUUGCUUGGAAUCAUUGUUACUGCAAUGCCACCUUACUUUGCCAUGGAAAAUGCAGAGAAUCAUAAGAUCAAAGCUUAUACUCAACUUAAACUUUCUGGUCUUUUGCCAUCUGCAUAUUGGAUUGGACAAGGUGUUGUUGAUAUCCCCUUAUUUUUUAUCAUUCUUACUUUGAUGCUAGGAAGCUUAUUGGCAUUUCAUUAUGGAUUAUAUUUUUAUACUGUGAAGUUUCUUGCUGUGGUUUUUUGCCUUAUUGGUUAUGUUCCAUCAGUUAUUCUGUUCACUUAUAUUACUUCUUUCACCUUUAAGAAAAUUUUACAUACCAAAGAAUUUUGGUCAUUUAUCUAUUCUGUGACAGCGUUGGCUUGUAUUGCAAUCACUGAAAUAACAUUCUUUAUGGGAUACACAAUUGCAACUAUUCUUCAUUAUGCUUUUUGUAUCAUCAUUCCAAUCUAUCCACUUCUAGGUUGCCUGAUUUCGUUCAUAAAGAUUUCUUGGAAGAAUAUACGAAAAAAUGACGACACCUAUAAUUCAUGGGAUAGGCUUUCAGUGGCUGUUAUAUCGCCUUACCUGCAGUGUGUACUGUGGAUUUUCCUCUUACAAUACUAUGAGAAAAAAUAUGGAGGCAGAUCAAUAAGAAAAGAUCCCUUUUUCAGAAACCUUUCAAAGAAGUCCCAAAAUAGGAAGUUUCCAGAACCACCAAACAAUGAGGAUGAAGAUGAAGAUGUCAAAGCUGAAAGAUUAAAGGUCAAAGAGCUGAUGAGUUGCCAGUGUUGUGAGGAGAAACCAUCCAUUAUGGUCAGCAAUUUGCAUAAAGAAUAUGAUGACAAGAAAGAUUUUCUUCUUUCAAGAAAAGUAAAGAAAGUGGCAACUAAAUACGUCUCUUUCUGUGUGAAAAAAGGAGAGAUCUUAGGACUGUUGGGUCCAAAUGGUGCUGGCAAAAGUACAAUUAUUAAUAUUCUGGUUGGUGAUAUUGAACCCACUUCAGGAAAGGUAUUUUUGGGAGAUUAUUCUUCAGAGACAAGUGAAGAAGAUGAUUCAAUAAAGUGUAUGGGUUACUGUCCUCAGAUAAACCCUUUGUGGCCAGAUACUACACUGCAGGAACAUUUUGAAAUUUAUGGAGCUAUAAAAGGAAUGAGUGCAAGUGACAUGAAAGAAAUCAUAAGUCGAAUAACAAAUGCACUUGACUUAAAAGAACAUCUUCGGAAAACUGUAAAGAAACUACCUGCCGGAAUCAAACGAAAGUUGUGUUUUGCUCUAAGUAUGCUAGGGAAUCCUCAGAUUACUUUGCUAGAUGAACCAUCUACAGGUAUGGAUCCUAAAGCCAAACAGCACAUGUGGCGAGCAAUUCGAACUGCAUUUAAAAACAAAAAGCGGGCUGCUAUUCUGACCACUCAUUAUAUGGAGGAGGCAGAGGCUGUCUGUGAUCGAGUAGCUAUCAUGGUGUCUGGCCAGUUAAGAUGUAUUGGAACAGUACAACAUCUAAAGAGUAAAUAUGGAAAAGGCUACUUUUUGGAAAUUAAAUUGAAGGACUGGGUAGAAAACCUAGAAGUAGACCGCCUUCAAAGAGAAAUUCAGUAUAUUUUCCCAAAUGCAAGCCGUCAGGAAAGUUUUUCUUCUAUUUUGGCUUAUAAAAUUCCUAAGGAAGAUGUUCAGUCCCUUUCACAAUCUUUUUUUAAGCUGGAAGAAGCUAAACAUGCAUUUGCCAUUGAAGAAUAUAGCUUUUCUCAAGCAACAUUGGAACAGGUUUUUGUAGAACUCACUAAAGAACAAGAGGAGGAAGACAAUAGUUGUGGAACUUUAAACAGCACACUUUGGUGGGAACGAACACAAGAAGACAGAGUAGUAUUUUGAAUUUGUCUUGUUCAGUCUGCUUACUGGACUUACUUCUCCACUUAAUUUUAACUUUGGUUUAACUUUGGUUUAAAAAGUUUACUAUUCGAAUGGUAACUGGAGGACCAUGAAAGCUCUUGAAAUUUUUCUAUGCUCCUUAAUUGAAAUGCUGUGGUUGUGUGUUUUGCUUUUCUUUAAAAAAAAUUUAUGUAACAAUUAAGUGAACCUGCAUGUUUGUAUUGAAAUAUAUUGAACUAUAAGUUUGUAUGUCAUCUUUUUCACCUUUCGAAAACAGUGCAUUUGAAUUUAUGAUUUAACAGAAUAGUGAUAGAAUAAUUUUAUUUUGAAGUUAUCUAUAAGUUUAUGUCAUCUUCUUAAAUAAGUAUGUAAUGUUCCAGUCUAAAUAAAAAACCAAUUCGUAACUAGUUUAUAGAAAAGAUA